AUGAUGCUGCGCUUUGGGCACCCUUCCCCAUGUGUCUUAUCGUUGCUCCUGUUGGGUCUAUUAUUUCCAUGCAGCAGGCAACAACAUCAUGUCGACGCAUUUUCGUCGCCGUCCCCGUCAUCACAGAUUCAUGAGUUGCUCUUGUCACGUCGCACCAUUAACAGUUUUGAAGCCGAGCUUCCAUCGUACUGGGAGAUGAAACUGACGGCAGCCGUGGAAGCUGCCACCUUUGCUCCCAAUCACAAAUUGACCGAACCCUGGCGAUUUCAUUUGCUGGGAAACGAGGCUAUUCAAAGAGUCUGCGAACUCAAUGCCGAACUCGUAUCUUCUAGUAAGGGGCCGGCAGCCGGGGCCAAAAAGUUGGAACGAUGGUUAGCCAUGCCGGGGUGGUUGGUGGUGACGCAAUUAGUGAGUGAUGACAAUGACAAUGAUAAUAGCUACGACAAUCCCAUGAGCAUGGCACGGGAAGAUUAUGCCGCCUGUUGUUGUGCUGUCCAGAAUCUCUCUCUCAGUUUGCAUGCCAAUGGAAUGGGCACCAAAUGGACCACGGGACCGGUCAACUUUGAUCCUCGCUUUGCCGAGGCAGUUGGACUGCCAGAGAAUGAACGAGUAGUGGGGACCAUUUGGUUUGGAAAACCUGUCAGUGUACCAUCGGCGCCCAGAAAGAAACUCUCGUUGGACAAUGUCCUGAUUAAACAUGCAUGA